AUCGUUCAGCUUCAUCAGAUCCACUUCCUGUCACGGAGCGAGUGCUGGGUUGUUGUCACAAUGGAAGAUGGCAAGGAACGAUAGGGGAAGUCCAGCGGAGUUUGGGACGAAAUGAAAGAAAAGCAAUAAUAACAAUCAUAAAAAAAAAAAAAAAAAAAAAAAAGAAUCUAACGAGAUCGAGACUAUUACCCGUAACCUGCGUUUGCAAGGUCGCGUGUCAUGAUUUUCCACCCCCCUCCCUGCAUCUUUUAUCUCCAAAGUGUCCCCGCCCUCCAGACACGCAGCAGCAGUUUCGGAACGUGGCGGCAUCCGGACAGAUAAGACUGUCAUCUACUGUCAUGAAACCAACAUUUUCUUCUAUCUCGGAAUGGGUAUGGAUCAAGCUUAUUUUUGCAUACUACUGGGCCUUUUUCUAUGGAUAUGCAACCAGACAAUGGUAUCAGCUCGCUGUCCGAAGUCUUGUACCUGCGCUCUCAAAUCCGGAAAGAAAAGCGUAUUCUGCUCGGCUGGCGGACUCACUCUCAUCCCCGUCUCCGAAAUGGAUGUCAACACGCACGAACUUAUCGUCACGGCACCGCCUGACAACCCUAACAACAUAACCAUCGGACGUAUCUUCCUCAAAUUCACAAAUCUUGAGACUGUGCGCAUUACGUACUCGGGCCUGCCGGCUAUUGGUGACAGUUCUUUCUGGCCAGGCAGGCGUAUGCAUAUCAUCGACCUCAGCAACAAUGCCAUCAGCUUUCUUCGUGAGUCGGAUUUCAAUGGCCUGAAGAAUCUUCAGGAAUUAGAUUUGAGUGACAAUCAGAUAUUCGCCACGCCAUCUGCGCCAUUUCGUCAUCUCAUCAAUCUUAAGAAAUUAUCUCUGGCAAGGAACAGAUUGCAGACUUUAGUUCCGAGAUUCUUUUAUCUCUUGACCUAUUUGGAAGAACUAGACCUGAGUGGUAAUGCAUUGGAACAAAUUGAACCAGAGAUCUUACAGGACGUGAAAGAAUUGAAAGUGUUAAAAUUGGCAAGCUGCAGACUAACGCACCUGCAUCCUAUCAUAUACCAGCAACUUCCCCAUCUGGAACACUUAGAUCUGAGAGAUAACCUUAUUGCUUCACUUGCACCAGCAGAAUUCCGACACCUAUCACGUUUAACCAUUCUUAAUCUUGAUGGUAACCUGCUUUCGGGAAUACCGGAGGGUACCUUCCAUGGGCACAAGAUGCGUCUGUUGAGUAUCUCAAGAAAUAAUUUAUCUUCUCUUUCUGACUAUUCAUUUACCAAUACUUCCGUGAGGGAAUUAGAUAUAUCCCACAAUAGAUUAGAAUAUGUUCUAAAGGAAACUUUUGAACCACUAUCCGAAUCUCUAGAAUUUCUAAAUAUCAGUUUUAAUGAUGUUGGCAAUCAAGCCUUUUCUUCAAUAGUGACGCCACUCAAAAACCUGUUGUCACUUCAAGCAUCAAAUAUCUUAAUAACCAAUUUAACCCCAGGCAUUUUCUCUCACAACGUGAAUAUGAAAUCCCUCAAUUUGUCUAGAAACAGUCUUUCAGAACUAUCUUCAGAAUUCCUGAUACCACUGGAAAACCUCGAAGAAUUGGAUCUGACCUACAAUUUGUUAGCAACUGUAUCCAGAGACUUUCUUGAAGGCCUCACAAACAUAACUUCCAUCAAAACACUUUUAUUGUAUGGCAAUCCCUUUGAUUGCUCUAGUUGCUUGAUUGAACAUCUUCUUCAGUGGAUGAAUGAAUCUGAAUUGAUGAUGCAUAAUUGUUCCGAAGAUACUUGCUUACGCUGUCUAUAUCCUCAAGACAGAAUGGGACAAUUUAUACACACUAUCUCUCCUAAAGAACUAUUUUGCCACAGUGGUGUCUAUGAUCGUCAUUAUCUGGUUUACACGUCUCAGGUGGGGCUAAUUGUAGCCGUGUCUAUUAUAGUGGUCAUAGCAUGUAUCAUACUGGUCAUCAUCAUCAUCUACCGCCGCCACAUCGCUCAUUAUUACACUCAUGAAGAAGAAAGAAGAGCAUGGAAAGGCAUAUAUGAAAAUCCAGCUCUAGCUCCUUCCGGAGGCGUUCACUACAGCGACGACAAACCCACAUUUAUUUCGACACCAGACAAAGUGGAUGAGAACAUCGAUGAUUUUCGUCGACCUUCGAGUAUAAUGCGCUGAUCAAUCAGUUAAAGAAAAUGGUAAGAAAGGUAAAUCAUUAUCGCAGAAAUUAUUCUACGAAACUUCUAAGAGAAGGCUACUUUGAUAAAAUGCCGUGGCUGCAGCAAUCAUGGCCGAAAAAUCUAUUCGCGCAAGGCGAACGUGAAGAAGUAAUUUUUCUCGCUAAUAAGGCGGAAUUUCAUCUUUUUGAAUCCUUUUUUAAUUGUCUUCACUGCCAGUGUUAUUUAUCCUGUUUUAUAAAUUUUCAGCUUUACUGAGUUCAUUAAAAGCAAUUUGUGGUAUAUAAGUAUUUUUCAGUUAUAAUCUUUUCUCUCAAAUAUACUUUAUUUAAAUAUCUUCAACUACUUAGCCAUGUUUCCCUGUGAUUAGAAGCAUUUUACUUCUUUGGUGUUUAAUAUUAGGAAGUUUGAAAAGAGUAGAAAUAAAUAGAUUUUUGGAGUAUUAAGAUCAUAUUAAGUGCAAUAACUAUUUAAGUAAUUUAGAUUUAUUCUGAGAAAGCUAAACUUUUACCAUGGAUGGAGAAUAUUUUCCGAGGAGAGCAGCUGUAUAUAUUUUUGCUACAUUGCAGUUUGUUCCAAAAUAAAAAAAGUGUACAUUUUAUGUA